AUGACCAAGGCCAUAGCGGCCACACCCGCCACCCUAGGCCCACCACCGGCUCAGAUCGGUUUGGAAGACCCCUCGGUGUUCCCAGCUGUGAUCGUGGAGCAGGUACCCUACCCUGAAUUACUGCAUCUGUGCUCAGGACUGGAGCUGGACGACAUUCACAAUGGCAUCAUAACGGACGGGACCUUGUGCAUGACACAGGAUCAGAUUCUGGAGGGUAGUUUUUUGCUGGCAGAUGACAAUGAGGCCACCUCACACACCAUGUCGACCACUGAAGUCUUGCUCAAUGUGGAGUCUCCCAACAACAUCCUGGAUGAGAAGCAGAUCUUCAGUACCUCCGAAAUGCUUCCAGACUCAGACCCUGCUUCAGCCGUCACUCUGCCCAACUACCUGUUUCCUGCCUCUGAGCCCGGUGCCCUGAACAGGGCGGGUGACACUAGUGACCAGGAGGGGCAUUCUCUGGAGGAGAAGGUCCCCAGAGAGGAAAGUGCCAAGAAGACUGGGAAAUCAAAGAAGAGAAUCCGGAAGACCAAGGGCAACCGAAGUACCUCACCUGUCACUGACCCCAGCAUCCCUAUACGGAAGAAAUCAAAGGAUGGCAAAGGCAGCACCAUCUAUCUGUGGGAGUUCCUUCUGGCGCUUCUGCAGGACAGAAACACCUGUCCCAAGUACAUCAAGUGGACCCAGCGAGAGAAGGGCAUCUUCAAGCUGGUGGACUCCAAAGCUGUGUCCAAGCUGUGGGGGAAGCAGAAAAACAAGCCUGACAUGAACUACGAGACAAUGGGGCGAGCACUAAGAUAUUACUACCAAAGAGGCAUCCUGGCCAAAGUGGAAGGGCAGAGGCUGGUGUACCAGUUUAAGGAGAUGCCCAAGGACUUGGUGGUGAUUGAAGAUGAGGACGAGACAAGUGAAGCCACAGCGGCCCCGCCUCAGGCCUCCGCCAGCACCACACGGCGAGCCAGCUCCAGGGUCUCGUCCAGAGCUGCCCCCCAGGGCAAGAGCAGCUCUUCCUGGGAGAAGCCAAAGGUUCAACACGUCGGUCUCCAGCCAUCUGCGAGUCUGGAAUUGGGACUGUCUCUAGACGAGGAGACCCCUACUACCUCCACCAUGUUUAUCUCCCCAGUGGAGAGCCAGGCCACACUCACCAAAGCUGUGAGUACGACUUCGGUGCCCAGCAACAUCCACCUAGGAGUGGCCCCUGUGGGGUCAGGCUCGGCCUUGACCCUGCAGACAAUCCCGCUGACCAGGGUGCUGACCAACGGGCCCCCCACCAGCACUACUGCUUCGGCCCAGUUUGUUCUGCAGAGUGUUCCGCCUGCCUCGACUUUCAAGGACACCUUCGCUUUGCAGGCCUCCUUCCCCCUGAGCGCCAGCUUCCCAGACAGCCAGGUGGCAGCCCCAGGGGCUCCGUUGAUCCUCAGUGGCCUCCCCCAACUUCUGGCUGGGGCCAACCGUCCAACCAACCCAGCACCACCCUCGGUCACAGGGGCUGGACCAGCAGGGCCCAGCUCUCCGGCCCCUGGGACUGUCAUUGCUGCCUUCAUCAGGACUUCUGGCACCACAGCAGCCCCUGGGGUCAAGGAGGGGCCACUGAGGUCUUCCUCAUGUGUGCAGGGCAUGGUGACUGGGGCCCCUAUGGAGGGGCUGCUGGUUCCCGAAGAGACCCUGAGGGAGCUCCUGAGAGAUCAGGCUCAUCUUCAGCCACUUCCAACCCAGGUGGUUUCAAGGGGUUCCCACAAUCUGAGCCUUCCGGGGAACCAGACUUUCUCUCCUCCCAGCCGCCCCACUGUUGGGCUGACCCCGGUGGCUGAACUUGAGCUCUCCUCAGGCUCAGGGUCCCUGUUUAUGGCUGAGCCUAGUGUGACCACAUCUGGGAGCCUGCUGGCCAGAUCCCCAACCCCAGCCCCCUUCUCCCCAUUCAACCCCACUUCCCUCAUUAAGAUGGAGCCCCAUGACAUGUAAACAGAGGGGUCAGAAGUGUCAUCCACCUGGUGAAAAUGAGCUGCAUUUUCAUACGAAGUGACUUAAGUAGACACCUGCCCCUGUGUUUCAGUGGGAUGUCAAUACACCUGACUCCCAGGCCCCCAGCCCUACCUGGCAUCACGGUGGCCAAACUGUCCAGUUUGUGCAUCCCUGGCAUCAGACUAUGGCCUUCAAGAGCACUAGGGGAUAUGCUCUUGACAGGAUAAUGGGCUGAUUUGGUGAUGGAGGGAAAACCCCCAGAGCCAGAGAGAACUCUGUACCCAGGGCUGGUGCAGGGGCUCCAUGAGAAGGUCCUUCCACCUGGCUGGGGCUCGCUGCCUACGUUCCCUACUUGCUAUCCCAUAUGUGAAUAUCUCUGUAUGUAUUUGUGUGUACUUGUGAGUCUGUAUCUUAGUUUCUUUGGGGAGGACAGGGGUGUAGCUGUGAGGUCUGGUCUUCAAGAGUGUGUGUAUCUCUCUGUGGGUCAGCCACAGUGUUGGGGAGUUUUUAAAGGGAAAAUAUUCUCCUAUUCCCUUUGUACAUGCCAACAUUCAAUUGCUCUGAGACUACGGGGUACAGGUUUGAUCCCCCAAAUCUGGAGAGAUAUCACAGAGCUGGAACAGGUACAGGCUAGGAGUGCUUCAGUGGGCAUGUGUGUUGGGGAAGACGUGCUCCUAAGGGGUGAGAAGACCGAGUAGGACAAAAUCACAUGGAAAGGGAGGAGAACUCAGCUCGGGGAGCAGCCCGCACAGGUUAGACAGAGGUACCGUUCCUGGUUUGCCUGGUUACCCACCACAGUCACCAUGCUGCUGGGCUGGAAGCUUGGCCACCCCAGAGUGCUUUGCUGAAGGAUUAGUCAGGGGCAAAGUGCCCCCAAACUCGAGUCAGACCCAGGCACAGAGUCCCCAGUCAGGGCUGAAUUAAUCGGAUGUUUGUGCCCAGGGAUUGUGCUGUUUUGUGUAACAUCAGCCCUAUGCCGGAAACAGCUUUUGCUGGCACCCCAACCUACAUCCUAAUCCUGGGUUCCCUCUUGAUUACUUUCGCGCCUGAUAUUUUCUAGCUGUCUGGCACAACCUAGACCGGGCCACCUCCAUGCGUGCUCGUGCGGCGGCGGGGUAGUCCCUGCCGCUCAGCCUGCCUUCUGCUCAGCGCGCAGGUCGGCCAGCCACUCCCACAAUGGCUACAGCAGACGUUCUCGUUCUCGGGUGGCCCGUUGCCACUCAUCACCAACUUUCACACUUAACCCUGAUUCCUUCCGCACCAAGAAGACAGGAGCCAGCAGACGUGAGUUCCUGUGGCACUUCCCCUGUCGCUACAUAGCUCCUCACUUCCCGCGGUCCUCAACCCAUUCUGUUAAAGUCAACCCCUUGGCAAAGCAGGGCCUGGAUCCCCCUCCCUUCUCCCGUCUUUAAAUUAGUUUGCCUCUCUCCUGCCAAGUGUGGGGGAAAGGCUAAAAAAUGUCGCCUCAGAAACAACUGUAUCAUCUGGUGGCUUUGGCUAAUGUGAAUCAGUGCCUCAGGACCUGUGCUGUGUCCUCGGUACAAAACCAUCCACGUGACCUACCUACCUCCCCUGGCUGCUCCUCUCUCUCCUCCCCUCCUCCCUGUCCAGCCCCCGGGAGGGUUGUGCAGGUGCGUUUACUACACAUUUCCAGUAGUUGGCAUUAAAGUGCC